GAAAUUUCUUUAAACGACACAAAGUUAGAUCAUAAAAUGACAUCCUUCCAUAGAUGCUUUGCCCUUUUAGCUCUUUUUGCAGCCUCAUUUAAGUUUUGUUAUUGCCAGAAUGAAACAAAAAAUGCCUCUGGAUGGGCCGACGCAGACGCUGGUGCUACUUGGUACGGUGAACCAGAGGGAGCAGGUAGCACCGGAGGAGCUUGUGGAUAUGGUGUGGCAGUGGCCAAUCCACCGCUAAACGCGAUGGUUUCAGCCGGAGGCCCUUCACUAUUCAACAAUGGAAAAGGAUGUGGAACAUGUUAUCAGAUUAUGUGCACCGUGAAUCCAGCAUGUUCAGGGAGCCCAAUAACGGUGACGAUAACGGACGAGUGUCCAGGUGGUCCUUGCGCCUCUGAGCCAGUUCAUUUUGACCUUAGUGGCAAAGCCAUGGGAGCCUUAGCCAAACCUGGCCAAGCUGCUCAACUACGAAGCGCUGGUCCUGUAAGUGUUAGUUACAGACGUGCUGCGUGUUUAUAUCAAGGAACUGAAAUAGCUUUUCAUGUUGAUGCCGGUUCUACCCCGUUCUACGUGGCAUUCGUUGUGGAAUACGAAAACGGUGAAGGAGAUUUGGCGUCCGUUGAGAUUCAACCGGCCAGCGGAGGAUUUAUGCCCAUGCAAGAAAUGAGGUCCGCCGAGUGGAAGUUAAACUCCGGCGGUCCACUGAGCGGGCCGUUCAACAUUAGACUUACAUCUGGCGAGUCUCGUAAAGUAGUGGUAGCUCAGGCUGUUAUUCCGGCGGAUUGGAAGCCUGAUCAGACGUACAGGUCGAUUGUUAACUUCUAGGGUGUUCUUUUUUGUCAAAUUGUAGUUCCUAAGCUAAUAAUUGUUUAAUUAAAAAAAUAAGAAAUGCAUAUUGAGAUAUCAGUAUGAGCCCAUAUAAUUAGAACGUUAAGUUCAAGACUUUUGCCAUAGUGGUCUCUUAAAAUGACGAAGAAUGUUAUACAUGCAGAGACGUCAAACAAAUUACAGUGAAACUCUUAAUUGCAAGUUUUUUACAGUUUUAAGUUGUUUAACAAUCUCUCAUCAAGACCAUACUAGAACCUAUUAACAGAGUCAUUACGAUAAUCA